CCAGCUGGUGGAGGUAAUGCAACCAUUAAACAUUGGCUGCCAGCCGCCGUUAAACCCCAUAGAAGAAGAAACCCCCCCCGGUCACAUGACGUGGAGGUCUCCGGUCCGACCGACGAGAAAGUGGCGGAAUUUAAGGCGCUACGGAGCAUGGUAUCCAGUUUCGGAGUGUCGUAGCUACAAGUGUUAAAAAACACGAGGCGGUCGCAAGCACCCCCUAAAGAACGCCUUCUGCAGUCCAGCACACUAUCAAGGAAUUGAAUCAACUGUGCCAUCCCCAAGGCGGUAGUCUUCCUGACUUAUCGUCCAUCAAGUCAACGUUCUUCUGGGCAGAGGAAGGAGGUGAGUUCUGACCUCAGUGACCCUGGACUCUGACCUGGUCUCUGAUUCACUGGUCUUGUCUGGUGAUUCGCUGGUGCUUGACGAGGAGACCAAUAAGGAGUUGAGGAUGAACCUCCAGCAGCCCGCCCCUCUCAUCCCUCCGGUCCACCCAGACGUCCAGAUGAAGUCUCUCCCGUUCUAUGACGUGUUGGAUAUCCUCGUCAAACCCUCCAGCCUGGGUCAGUGUGUCUCUGGCGCCAGUGGUGUUCAGAGAUACAACCAAGAUAAGUACUUCAUCUUCGCCUUGACGCCUCAACAAGUCAGGGAGGUGUGCAUCUCCAGGGACUUUUUACCAGGCGGCAGAAGAGACUAUAUGGUUCAGAUACAACUGAGGUUCUGUCUUUCAGAAACCAGUUGUCCCCAAGAAGACAACUACCCAAACAGUCUCUGCAUUAAAGUCAAUGGGAAGCUGUUCCCCCUUCCGGGUUAUGCCCCUCCCCCUAAAAAUGGAGUGGAACAGAAGAGACCAGGGAGACCUCUAAACAUCACCUCAUUGGUCAGAUUGUCCUCUGCAGUACCCAAUCAGAUCUCUAUAACGUGGGCACCUGAAAUCGGAAAGACGUACUCCGUGUUGGUGUACCUGGUGAGACAGCUCACCUCACCUCUACUGCUGCAGAGGCUCAGGAUGAAGGGCAUCAGAAAUCCAGACCACUCCAGAGCGCUGAUAAAAGAGAAGCUGACAGCAGACCCUGACAGUGAGAUUGCUACAACCAGUCUGAGAGUGUCUCUCAUGUGCCCUCUGGGUAAGAUGCGUCUGACUGUGCCGUGUCGAGCUCUCACCUGUUCCCACCUGCAGUGUUUCGACGCAGCCCUCUACCUGCAGAUGAAUGAAAAGAAGCCCACUUGGGUCUGUCCUGUCUGUGACAAGAAGGCCCCCUACGAGAGCCUGAUCAUUGACGGGUUGUUCAUGGAGAUUCUGAACGACUGUUCCGAUGUGGAUGAGAUCAAGUUCCAGGAGGAUGGGACCUGGUGCCCCAUGAGACCAAGGAAAGAGGCCCUCAGUGUGUCCUCAACCUGUAUCCCAAAAAUAGAACCGCGUCAGUGUGCGGUGGUCCCUCCCCACAGAGAGCCCAGCUCGACCAAUAAGAAGGCAGACGUGAUCGACCUGACCCUAGAGAGCUCGUCAGAGGACGACGACGAGGAGGAGGAGGAAGAGGAGGACCCUGACCCGCCACUCAAGAAGCGAUGCCUCUACAUGUCCAAGACCGAGGAGGUGCACGCCAAGGGAGUGUUGUCCUAUCAGCCGUCGACGGUGUGCCUGCCAAACGCCCUGGACACAUCAUCCUACCUGACGAACUCACUAGCCGACUAUACAGUCCCCUUCCACCACUCCACCCUGUCCACCGUCCCUACGGACAUGCAGGGUCUGGAUCUGUUCUCGCUGAUCCAAGGUGACCCGCAGCAUUACAGAGCUCCCAUGUUCCUGGAUAACCUGACCAGCAGCCUGCAGGGUGCCACCACUAGCGCCGGCCUGGUGUCCUCUUCUAGCCAAUACGACACCAGUUCCCACCUCUUCUCCACCUCUGCUUACCAAACUGGGGUUAUUACCGGGGGAGGGGUAGGGUCCAACAGCAUCUCAGACAUCAUCUCAUUGGACUAAUUCUCUGGUCCCUGUGAGCUCAUUGGACUGAUGGUCUUGUCACUCACAGGAGCCUUCUAUCAGAAACCUUCAAUUGGCUGUGUCCUGAAAUGGAAUCCUAAUCCCUAUAUAGUGCACUACUUUUGGCCGUACAGCAGAAAGUAGUGCACUAUAUAUGUAAUAAAGUCUGCAUCAGAAAUGGCACCAUGUCCAUAGGCCUUCACCACUGGGACAGACUGUGGCCUUCACCACUGGGACAAUAAAUAUACAUUCCUUUCGCCAGACCCCUGCUUUGUAGGUCAGAGUUGAUGAAAGGAUAAGAAAGUUAGAGGCCCCACACCUAGACUCCACGUUGACCUGAGGUGGUCGCCUCACCCGCAGACUCCACGUUGACCUGAGGUGGUCGCCUCACCCGCAGACUCCACGUUGACCUGAGGUGGCCGCCUCACCCGCAGACUCCACGUUGACCUGAGGUGGCCGCCCCACACCUAGACUCCACGUUGAUCUGAGGUAAUGAGGAACAGAAGAUUGCCUUUUCUAUUGGAUGAACUGACAUGGAAGUGGGACUAUGGUUGACGGUGUGGAUUGUUUGAAACGGUUGUGUGUCAGUACCUAGGAGGAGUCAUCCCAAGGCAGCUCAUUGUUUUACUAACUAACUAGGUGUUCAAGGAGCAACACUAUGUUUAAAAACCCCAUUGUACGGUACAUUUGGAGUAUUCCUACCCCAUUGAUUAAAUAUUAUGUUACAGCCUAAAUUCAGAAUGGAUUCAAUUGAUGUUUCUCCCCCCUGCCCAUCUACACACAAUACCCCAUUAAUGUCAGUGAAAACAUAUUUUUAAACAUUUGUGCAAAUUUAUUGAAAAUUAAAAUACAAAAAUAAAUAAUUUUCAUAAGUAUUUUUACCCCUGAGUCAAUACAUGUUAGAAUCAGUCUUUCUGGGUAAGUCUCUAAGCUCUGCUGGAUUGUACAAUAUUUGCACAUUUGUUCUUUUACAUUUUUUUUUUUUUCAAGUUUUGUCAAGUUGGUUGUUGAUCAUUGUUUGACAGACAUUUUCAAGUCUUGCCAUAGAUUUUCAAGCAGAUUUGUCAAAACUAACUCGGCCACUCAGGAACAUACACUGUCUUGGUAAGCAACUCCAGUGUAUAUUUGGCCUUGCGUUUUCGGUUAUUGUCCUGCUAAAAGGUGAAUUAGUCUCCCAGUGUCUGGUGGAAAGCAGACUGAACCAGGUUAUUGUCCUGCUAAAAGGUGAAUUAGUCUGUUUGUUGGAAAGCAGACUGAAACCAGCUCUCUUCCGUUUAUUUAUUUUUUUAUCUUCCUUGCAGUUGACAAGCAUACCCAUAACAUGAUUCAGCCCCCACCAUGCUUUAACAUAUGAAGAGUGGUACAGAGUAAUGUGAGGUGUUAGAUUCACCCCAAACGUAACACUUUCUAUUCAGGACAUACACUUUUAUUUCUUUCCCACUUUUUUGUUUGUUGCAGUAUUACUUUAGUGCCUCUUAUUGCAAACAGGAUGCAUGUUUUGGGAAUAUUUUAAUUCUGUACAGACUUCCUCCUUUUCACUGUCAUUUAGGUUAAUAUUGUGGAGUAACUACAACGUUGAUCCAUUCUCCUACCACAGUCAUUAAACUCAACUGUUUUAAAGUC